UCAGGAAUAUCUUGCCAGGUUUCUACAGGAAAAUUUAUUCGCUUAAAUGAAUAUAUGUUAACUGGUAUUGGUACGAUUUCCAAACUGAAUUACACCAGACGGAAUUGUGCUAUAACCUGUUUCCAGAGCACAACCUGUCUGUCCUUCAACUAUCACGUACAGACUCAAGAGUGCCAGUUCAAUACAGAUUCUCCCUAUACCAAACCACUGGAUGUUUUGGAGGCACCAGGAUGGGCCCUCUACCAUCUACAAAGAGACACAGAUUGGGAACUGGUUUUCAGAGCUCAGGCUAACAACAGUCUGAGUCCCUAUCAAACCUGGAUGGGGAAUUCGUCUCCACCGAAUCCAGUGGAGGACGGCUGUCGACUCAUGACAGGGACGUCCACGUGCACUAGCAUUUAUAGAAGUGACGUAUUGACCACGUGGGAUUCGGAAAGUAUAUCUGAGGUACAACUUCACAUGUACCACAAAGGCCGCCGAGUUGUAUACAUUCGAUUUAAUGGCACAGGAUCCACUUUAACCAACUGGUUUAGCGUCGACAGGUUGAUAGACAGUGGCUGGAGUACCAUGUCUCAAAGUCGUACGUUCAACUCCUUCUCACUAAAAGCGGGGAGCGAGAGGAGGUUUUUCAUCAAUCAGAACUAUGGCGGUUGUCCUUACGAUGUAGGAUGGAUGGUGGUGAUUGACAUUGAUACAAAUAUUAAACCAUGUGUCUGGGACUCCAUGUCAAACAGACCGGUCUUUCUGUUUGCUCCGGGGGAAGACGUAACAAGAUGGAUAGACUUUGUUCACCGAGAAGCAGAUGUGUUAGCCGUAUUCAUCAAAAGAUGAAUCUGGAUGACAUUAUACACGACAGAAAGUUGAUUCAAAAUCAGUUCUCCGACAUUUCUAUUCAAAGAAUGCCAACUCAACGCAACAUCUUAGCGUUCACUAAUUCAACAAAACUGUAAUUCCGCUUACUGACUUUAAGAAUGUUCGCCCCCAGCAUCAAUGACGAGACCAAGAUGGAUGGAACAUCAGUAUGAUAGUUAUAUUAAAUAAUCCAUAUAUACUGUCAAUAUUGCUGCAAGCAAAUGUCAAUGCGCCUUUUCCUUUGGAAUAACUUCAAUCCCAAAGUGAUGAAGCAAGGACAAUUUUCUACACAAAGAGUGAAGUGAUAAUCAGACCAGGGAUUCAAGAAACGUAACCGUCUUUUACGUCAUAAAGUGACAAUCAGACCAGAUGUUCUAGAAACGUAACCGUCUUCUACGUCAUAAAGUGACAAUCAGACCAGCUGUUCUAAAAACGUAACCGUCUUCUACGUUGUAUAGUGAUAAUCAGACCAGGAGUUCGAGAUACGUAAUCGUCUUCUACGUCAUAUAGUGACAAUCAGACCAGCUGUUCUAGAAACGUAACCGUCUUCUACGUUGUAUAGUGAUAAUCAGACCAGGAAAUCGAGAUACGUAAUCGUCUUCUACGUCAUAUAGUGACAAUCAGACCAGCUGUUCUAGAAACGUAACCGUCUUCUACGUCGAAUAGUGAUAAUCAGACCAGGGGUUCAAGAAACGUUACCGUCUUCUACUGCAUAAAGUGAUAAUCAGACCAGGAGUUCGAGAUACGUAAUCGUCUUCUACGUCAUAUAGUGACAAUCAGACCAGGAGUUCGAGAUAUGUAACCGUCUUCUACGUCAUAUAGUGAUAAUCAGACCAUGUGUUCUAGAAACGUAAACGUCUUCUACGUCAUAAAGUGAUAAUCAGACCAUGUGUUCUAGAAACGUAACCGUCUUCUACGUCAUAAAGUGAUAAUCAGACCAUGUGUUCUAGAAACGUAACCGUCUUCUACGUCAUAUAGUGAUAAUCAGACCAUGUGUUCUAGAAACGUAAACGUCUUCUACUUCAUUGACGAUACUGACCAUGAACACGUAGAUCACGCUCUCAAAAUAAACAGAGACGCUGUAUUCGAGCAUCGGCAUGUGUAUUUCCCAAGAAGGUCAUGGUAAUGACCAUCCGACGUAGUUUCUUUGCUUUUUACACAUGUUGUAUGAAUAUAGAAAGAAAAUACGCAUGAUAAGCUUUACAAAAUAAAUGAAUGAUUAAAAUUACA